GAUUUUCUGGCUUAUUUUAGGAAUUCAGAAAGGACCACACUGCACAUUGUAAAAGACAAAAAUUGCAAUUUUAACAAAUUGUGGGCUUUACUCGGGAAAUGUGCAACUAAGAGGCGUUAGGUGGACGGGCAAUCGACGCAGGUCACCACACACAGCAGCGGCAGGCAACCCCACACAGGCGGGUGGGUGGAAACAAAGGGGCGAAUCAAAACAAAAACAAUUGCGCGACAGAAAAAAAAACACCAAAAUAUUAUUAAAUAUUACGUAGCUGCAGUAAGUAAAUCAACAAGAACUCGUGUGCGGUGUCCUGCAAAUAGUUAAACGGUCGAACUAGAGGCGACAGCGCAACAAAGAGGAUAUUCAGCUUCAGCCCCUCCCCAUCCGACACCCACACUCACGCACGCACGCACACACACACGGCCACCAUGAUGAGCCUGCUCGGGCGCACCGACGUGGAUGCGGGGGAAGUGUUUGUCAACUUUAACCAGAACAUAACAUCUUUGGCCGUAGCUACGAGCGGCGGCUACAGCCUGUACAGCCUGGGCUCUGUGGACUCCACGCUGGACAAGAUCUACCACACAAAGAGCGAUGAGCUGCUACUCAUUGAGCGACUCUUCGAGAGCUCCCUGGUGGCCAUCGUUUCGCAGCGUGCUCCCCGCAAGCUGAAGGUGUGCCACUUCAAGAAGCAGAGCGAGAUUUGCAACUAUUCGUAUGCCAACUCUAUACUGGCGGUGAAACUGAAUCGUGAGCGUUUGAUUGUCUGCCUGGAGGAGUCACUGUACAUCCACAAUAUCCAGGACAUGAAGGUGGUGCACACCAUCCGGGAUACUCCAUGCAAUCCGCAGGGUCUGUGCGCCCUCUCCUCAUCCUCGGAACACUGCUAUCUGGCCUAUCCGGGCAGCGUGACUGCCGGCGAGGUCCAGAUCUUCGAUGCCAUCAACUUGCAUGCCAAGACCAUGAUUCCCGCCCACGAUACACCACUGGCGGCAUUGGCCUUCAGUCCCUCGGGCACGGAAAUAGCCACGGCCAGCGAGCGCGGCACUGUGAUUCGGGUGUUUAGCUCCCAGGAUGGCAGUCGACUCUUUGAGCUGCGGCGUGGCCUCAAGCGGUGUGUGUCCAUUGUUUCGCUGUCGUUCAGCACGUGCGCCGAGUAUCUGGUAUCCAGCUCCAAUACGGAGACGGUGCACAUCUUCCGGCUGGAUCGAAGCGCCACAGAGACGGCCGAGGGCCAUGGCGGCAAGCAAACGAGCGAUGAUUGGAUGGGUUACUCGUUUUUUAGAUUCUUGAGCAAAACGGUCACCAGCUACCUGCCCACGCAGGUGACCGACGUGUUUAGCCAGGGACGGGCGUUCGCAUCGGUUACCCUUGCGGAGGCGGGAGUACGCAGGAUGUGCGCCAUCACCACGAUACAGAAGCAGUUAAGACUGCUAAUUGCCUCGCAGGAUGGAUACCUGUAUGUGUAUUCCAUACCCGCUGUGGAGGGCGCAGAGUGCCAGCUAAUUAAGAGGCACGACCUGCGGAUGGAGGAUCACUAUGCCAUGGAUAUCAAAGUUGAUUCACCUCAAACUCUAGGCCUUAACAGUGGCGUAAGCAUUGGCGGAGCAGCAGGCGUUCCGCCGGGCGGAGGAGCAGGCAAUGCCGGAGGUAGCAACGAUGGCAAGUCAGUAGCAGCGGCGGCGCCGUCUUCCGGCGGUGACAAGCCCGGUGGCUCCUAUGCGUCGGCCGUGAAGGGGGACGAGCCAGCCGGCGGCGCCUCCUCCAACUCCGCCUAGAAGGAGCAAGAGAGGCAGAGAAGAUGUUGAUGAACGAAACUCACUCCUCAAAGUACUAAGGACGAUGAUGCUAAAGUGAUUGCGAUGAUGCUUGGCGACGAUAUAGUGAUGAUUUAGCGACGACAACGGUGGUUCUGUGUGGCGUCAAGCGUAUUUAAGUAAAUAAAAAUAGGUCAUAGACUUAAUUUAGAUCUUAACGUUGUCAGCGACGAUUCUUCCUCGUUUUUUGUAACAGCAACAAUUCCUUUGUAUCCAUCUACCCCCCAAAGCAAUUUUUUAUAGUUUUAAGCCUCCUCCUCCCUCCUCCGUUUGGAUUAGGAAAAUGCUUUUUGUCAUUACACUCCUAAGUUAGUUGUUAAUUAAUUUAAAACGAUUUAUAUUUCUUUGAUAUUUUCAGUUGCCUGCCUUUUUAUAUCAAAAUAAACAAAUGGCCUUUGCAAAUUAAUUGAAAA